GUGCUGGGCGUGGAGGGGACUCGGUCCGCGGCAUGACUGACCGGAACGUCAAGCGACGCCAAGCGACGCCAAGGCAAAGCACUGCAGCCGGUCCAGUCCCGCGGCGUGGCGACCAGCGAACAGAACGCGUGUGCUUCGUGCUCCACCGCUUGUAGACCGAGCCCACGAGGUUCUUCUUGUGCUUCAGUGCGAACAGUGCACGCGCGGAGUUCUUUCCGUCCUCGUGGUGCCUCUUUCCCGCACCACCGGUGAACAGUGAACGGCAGUGCGCCAAGACCCCCACCGGAGGGGCCGCCCAGGCAGGAGUAACAGCGACACGAGUAGAAGCGAUACCCCCCAGCGCGAUCAUGGAGUUGCUGGUGGAAGCCCUGCACCUCUACGAGAAGCAGAACGGCCAGGAGCACCACACCGAGCUGUUCGAACAGGUGCACAUGGAGGCCCCCAGGGCGGUGCUUCGGCGCGGCCAGCCGUUCUUCGUGGCCGUCCGGUUCAACAGGGACCUGGUCCCGGAGGACACCGUCACCCUCAUCUUCGCCCUGGGUCCGGAGCCGCACGCCAUGCGAGACACCCUCGGCCGCAUGAGGCUCUCGCCCUGGCAGCCCGACAACGGCGAGUUCGAGACCGAGCCCUACAAGUGGGAGAGCAGGAUCACCGCCAUGGACGCCAACACCAUGACCGUCGAGGUCCGGAGCCCCGCGGACGCCCCCGUCGGUGAAUGGCAAGUGAUUGUGGAAACGAUCGACGCCGAGGCCGCGGCCCUGGCCGGGGAGGCCGGCGCCGCCGCGCCCGUCCUGCAGUACCAGCACGCGGACGCCGUCUACCUGCUGUUCAACCCGUGGGAGAAACACGACCCCGUGUUCAUGGAGGACGCGCCGCAGCUCGACGAGUUCGUGCUCAACGACGUGGGCAAGGUGUGGGUGGGGCCCAUGGGCUUCACGCGCGGCCGCGAGUGGGUGUUCGGCCAGUUCGACGGCCGCGUGCUGCCCGCCGCCAUGCUGGUCCUGGAGCGCACCGGCCUGGCGCACUCGGAGCGCGGCGACCCCGUGCGCAUGGCGCGCGCCCUCACCAAGCUGGUGAACGCCAACGAUGACGGCGGCGUGCUCGUGGGCCGCUGGGACGGCCAGUACGACGACGGCACGGCGCCGGCCUCGUGGACGGGCUCGGUCGCCAUCCUGGAGGAGUACCUCGAGACGGGGGUGUCCGUGCGCUACGGCCAGUGCUGGAUCUUCGCCGGAGUCCUCUGCACGCUGUGCCGGGCCCUGGGGCUGCCCUCGCGCGUCGUGUCCUGCCUGGUGUCGGCCCACGACGCCAACUCGUCCCUGUCCGUGGACCGCUUCUACUCGGACGAGCGCGACGAGCUGCCGUGGGACCCGCUCAACCCGAGCGGCGGCAAAGAUUCCAUCUGGAACUACCACGUCUGGACUGACGUCUGGAUGGCGCGCCUCGACCUCCCCAGCGGCUACGGCGGCUGGCAGGCCUGCGACGCCACGCCCCAGGAGACGUCUGAUAGUUUCUACCAGUGCGGGCCCGCCUCCCUGGAGGCCAUCCGUCGCGGCGAGGUGGGCCUCAAGUACGACGUGCCCUUCAUGUUGGCCUCCGUCAAUGCAGACGUCAUCCGCUGGCUGGAGGACCCCGGCAGCGACCUCGGCUUCACGCGCAUCGACUCCAACAAGUAUCACAUCGGCCGGAGGAUUCUAACCAAGGCCCCGUGGAUCUUCGACCCGCUCGGCGACGAGGACUGCGACGACAUCAUCGACCAGUACAAGGCACCCGAGGGGACGAACAUGGAGCGCAUCUCGCUGCUCAACGCGGUGCGGGGCAGCGCGCGCGCCAAGCGGUUCUACGAGGUGCCGCCGCCUGAGUACGAGGACAUCAGCUUCCGGCUGCACGACCUGGACAAGGUGCAGAUCGGGGAGCCGUUCGCAGUGGAGGUCCACAUCGAGAACCAUUCUGGGGAGGAGCGCGUCGUCAAGGCGGCGCUGUCGUCGGCCUCCGUCUACUACACUGGUGUCAAGGCGCACAUCGUGAAGAAGGCCAGCGGGACGUUCGCCGUCCAGCCCUACUCCACUGACGUUCUCAGACUGUCCGUGGACCCGGAGGAAUACGCCGAGAAACUCGUCGAGUACAACAACAUGAAGAUCUUCGCGCUGGCCAGCGUUGAGGGCACGAAGCAGACCUGGGCGGCGGAGGACGACUUCCAGGUCAUGGUGCCCGUCCUCAACAUAACGGUCCAAGACCAGCCGGCCGUGGGCGAGUCCUGCUCCGUCGUGUUUGAAUUCCAAAACCCACUCCAACUUGUGCUCACCGACUGCUCGCUCCGGUCCGAGGGGCCUGGGCUGGUCCGCAACUCGGUCCUGGCGUACCGGGACGUGAUGCCGGGGGAGACGGUCCGCAUCGAGCAGCGCAUCUGGCCCCAGCGCGCGGGCAAUUUGAAACUCGUCGCCGCGUUCAACUCGAGGCAGCUUGUCGACGUCACCGGGAGCAUCGCCAUCGACGUGGUGGGGUGAACACAAAGCCUUUCUUAGCAUGUGUGAGUGGAUGUACCUAUGAAUGUGUAUGUAUGAAUGGAUAGGCGUGUAAGCAGAAAUAAGAGUGGUUGUUACAGUUUUUUUUAUUUUUUUGAAAUCAUGCAGAUAUUUUAUUCCUGUUUAAAUUACGGAUUAUUUCAUAAGACUUGGACAAGACUUACUAGUUAAGUACGCGGGUAUUUUUUAAAUGUUUCUUUUUAUGUCUGUGAACCAGAUUCACUGUUCUAGAAAAAGUACAAACCGUGCGUUGUGCAUCAUUCGUUUUAAAUAAAUUAUAAAAUUAUUUUUAUCAA